GCCCAGAAGCCCUGAUAAGGUGUGUGCACAAGAUGAAAGCAGAGUGGCCCGGCUCACCCUGAAACCGCCAGCAGCACUCUGGGGUUUAUGACAGUCACCAAAGCCAAAGGGAAAAGUCCCCGGCGUGGAGGUCUCAGGACCAGCCAGUUUCAGAUGAGCGCUGGGGGCCAGCCAGAGUCACUCAGUCGCCCAGCCAAGUCACUCCGGGCGAGGGGCUUUCUUAGCCAUGGACGCCUCAUGCAUGGAAGGGUUCGGGCAGUUCGCGCACCAGCCUUCUCUUCAGCCCACACUGGGAGCGCCUGGCUUCUCCGUCACCCACUGCAUUUCUCAAAGUGCCAUGCGAGGCUACUGCCCCGGGGCGCUCCCAGGCCCCGCCGACCUACCGGCCUACCCCCAGGACCACUACCACAACGGAGACUGGUACGGGCAGAUGCAGGACGGUCCCUACCCACCAAUCUCGAGGCACGUGGGGCCAUGUGGAUUUAACAUGCCCAGCGCCGGCUGCCUGGGCUAUCUCGGCGAGGUGGCCGCGUCCACCCUCUUCCUGCAGAACACGGCCAGGCGGAAGAGGAGGGUGCUGUUCUCCCAGGCGCAGGUGUACGAGCUGGAGAAGAGGUUUGAGCUCCAGAAAUACCUGACCGCUCCUGAGCGGGAGCAUCUGGCCAAGGUCACCCACCUGACCCCCAACCAGGUGAAGAUCUGGUUCCAGAACCAUCGCUACAAGAUGAAGAGGCAAGCCAAGCAGCGGGACCGGGAGCAGCUGCACAGCCCCGCCUCCGCGCCCCACAAGAGCUGUGCCAGCAGUCCCCUCGGCUCCCACGCUGACUGUGGCUUUGCCGACCCCACGCUGGAGAAUAAAUACAAUCUCCCUGGACUGGAGCGAGGGAAUCUCAGGGCCCAGGGCCAGGCUGUGUGCCCCAGCACUGCUGCAGACUGCCUGCCCAAGGCCAGUAGAAGCCUCGUAUUUAGCAAACCAUGGUAGCUUCAUGGGGGGGCCGUUUCCCCCGAGCGAACCGAGACAAUUCCACAAAUUCCACCCGAGUUCACAGAAACUUUCCCCCACUCCACAUCUCUAUUCUUCCACCUAAAAGAGUUUCCGCCAAAAUAAUUUGGCCCGGCUCUAAGCAGGCUCUGUGCUCCCCGUUUUUCAGCUGGGGCGUUGGAGACAGACGGCAGAAAGGCCUUGUCCAAGGUCGCACGGGGAGCAGCAGGGACGGGAAUGGAGCCUUCACCCUUCUUUCUCCAGACUUCUGUGAGGCUGCGCCCGACGCUUGAGCGUCAGAACUGGGAUGAUGCCCGAUGGCAAAGAGAGAGAUGCUGGUACAUCAUGGCUGUGUCUACAUUGGCAUGAUUUGUGCAAGUACUUUUAAC